CCUUCUCCCUCCCCUAUCCCCAUCAUCACCUUCUUCGUCUCUCUUUCUCUGUACUGUACACGUUCACUUCUCUCUCUUCUUUUUCUGCAACUGUUUCGCUAAUGGACCUUCUCCACCGCCCACAGGUUCACCGCCGGCCUCUGUAACUGAAACCCCGCCCUCAAACUUCCAUAAUUUUGAACUCAACGCCGGCCGGAUUGAAUGGCCGUCGAAUACGAAUGCUGCACCCCUAAUUUCUUCAUCCAUAUACUCAUCAUCGUCCUCUUGGUCAUCUUUGCCGGCUUAAUGUCUGGCCUUACCCUCGGCCUCAUGUCCAUGAGCCUCGUCGAUCUCGAAGUACUUGCUAGGUCCGGCACCCCUAAGGAUCGCAAGCACGCCGCAAAGAUAUUGCCAGUAGUAAAAAACCAGCAUUUAUUGCUCUGCACCUUACUGAUAUGCAAUGCGGCAGCCAUGGAGGCACUUCCUAUAUUCCUUGACAGUCUGGUUACAGCUUGGGGUGCUAUCCUAAUCUCGGUGACCUUGAUUCUUCUAUUUGGCGAGAUUAUACCACAAUCUGUUUGCUCUCGGUAUGGUUUAGCGAUUGGAUCAACGGUUGCUCCUUUUGUCCGUGUUCUUGUCUGGAUUUGCUUCCCUGUUGCAUAUCCAAUCAGUAAGCUACUAGACGUUCUACUGGGUCAUGGGCGUGUGGCUCUUUUCCGAAGAGCUGAGCUGAAAACACUCGUCAAUUUGCACGGUAAUGAGGCUGGAAAGGGUGGAGAAUUGACACACGAUGAAACCACUAUUAUUGCUGGAGCACUUGAACUGAGUGAGAAGACAGCUAGUGAUGCCAUGACUCCUAUAUCUGAAACUUUUGCUAUUGAUAUUAAUGCAAAGCUCGAUAGGACUUUGAUGAAUCAAAUUCUGGAGAAAGGGCAUAGCAGGGUGCCAGUCUAUUAUGAAGAAGAAACCAACAUUAUUGGUCUUAUCCUGGUUAAAAAUUUGCUUACAAUCCACCCAGACGAUGAAGUUCCAGUAAAGAGUGUGACCAUUCGAAGGAUUCCUCGGGUUCCUGAAACUAUGCCAUUAUAUGACAUUUUGAAUGAGUUCCAGAAAGGUCAUAGCCACAUGGCCAUUGUUGUUAAACAGUGCAACAAAAUGAACGGAAAAGCUGAUGACAAACUGGGCGACGAUUCCCAGAGAGAUGUUAAAAUUGAUGUGGAUGGUGAAAAGCCCCCACAAGAAAAAACUUUGAAGAACAAGAGACCACUUCAGAAGUGGAAAAGCUUUCCCACCACAAACAAUUCAUUCCGGAGUGGCUCUAGAAGCAAGAAAUGGACAAAGGAUAUGUACUCUGAUAUCCUGCAGAUAGAUGGAAGCCCUCUUCCUAAGCUUGCUGAGGAAGAAGAAGCUGUCGGUGUCAUAACGAUGGAAGAUGUCAUUGAAGAACUUUUGCAGGAGGAGAUCUUCGACGAGACUGAUCAUCAUUAUGAGGACUCCUGAUAGUGAUUAAUCGAGGAAUAGUUCGUUAUUUUAUGCACACAUAGGUAAUCACGAAAAUAUUUGUUAAAUUUGUUGAUGUUCUUAAUAGAUUUCGAACCCAUAAAACUCGAAUCGAAGCUUUUGAGAGUUAAGAAGUAGAGAAGUUUGUGUCGUAGUAGUACCACCAGAGAAUGAGUUUGUUAGACGCUUAAGAGCUGAAAGAUAAUCUCAAAGUAGGAAGAAGGGGAAACACAAAUUUUCAGAUUGUAUAUAGCCAACUUUGAAGAAUUUUUGUUGGAUGUGCUACUCAACUAUGGUUAAGUUCCCAUUUGUGCUCGGUUUAACUU